AUGUCCGCUGCUCGCCGCUUCUCUUCCAGAGCAUCGACACUACUACAUAGUUCAAGUCAAAGCAGUCACCGACCCUCCGUCUUUACUACCAACAGAUCUGUCUCUUCAGCAGGCGAGAAACCGGACAAGAGAACAGGCCGGAAUGUCACUGUCACCGAUGCUACCACUACCGACAAUGCCUCAUGGGACCUUGAAGAUCUAGACGGUAUAGCUACUCAAGUCAUACAAACCCGUCGUUUCAACCGUGCCCCCCUCAAACCUCGCCCCUCAUCAGCUCAUGCUCCCAAGGACUUACCUACCAAUCAAUCAUCAUCUCGCUCCCGUUUCCCCGGUUUGAACAUGUCCAUCGAACCAGGAUUACAAAACAUACUGAAAAAAGCACAACCCUUACCCAUACUGCCUCCUAACAGUUUACAACCCCCCGUGGUUACGUCAAUACAACCUACUCCUCCGCAUCGAGACAAACGACCUUGGACUCCAUCCCCACCUUCACACAAGAGUCGACCUCUUCAUCCUCCGACCGACCCGUACAUCCUUUCAGAGCGUUUGAAAACUCACAUUAAGAGAUCUUUUCCCAAACCCACUCAGGCGGAUUUUGACGUGGCUAUGAGUAUGGUCUAUAAUGCUCCUCCCCAAAUGGCCACCGCUCCUGUGUGGGGAGCGCUUCUCACUUUUUUGGGCCGGGAAGGACGGUUGGAUACCAUGUGGAGAACUUUCAACGAUAUGAAGAAACGUGGAAUACGACCAACCCCAUACACUUUCACCAUUCUACUCAAUGCCUACGCACAUGUCCCCAACUCAUACCUCCCUCGUUCGUCGCGAACACAAUCGGCCAUGCUUACACCACGCACACGGGAUCGCGUGCAACUGAUUUACGACCAAUACCAGCAAUAUCUAAAACGAUCACUAGCAGCUGCGUCUGAGCCGAGUGAAACAGCAAAAGCGACAUCUUCCAAGUCACGGUCGGUGGGAGGAGACGAUUCGAAACAGAUUCCCAGACAAAUAGACAUUGCACCGACCAAUGCUUAUCUCAAAUUUCUCGCGCGAUAUGAUCUCUUGGAAGAAAUGCAACAGACGUUCCUACAGAUGCCGACGGAAGGACCACUGGCACCUGAUGCUUUAACCUACAUGAUCAUGCUCCGUCCGCUCAAUUUUGUCAAGAAGUCUCCCGAUUUGGAAGAUUCAUCCCACACUCCUCCUCUGAACGUUAUCGGUGAAAAAGUACGACCUUUGAUCGACCAAGCUCUCCGCCAAGCUGCUCGAAUGGCACCCGUCAGCCUGAUCGAUUCCACUUUGGCUCAGAAGAUCAUUCUCGACCUUUCCACAGGUCGACGAGCUGAUCAACAACUCUCCGUUAAACUUAUCGAAAUCUUAUACGACUUUGAUCAUCAUCCUCAGUCGUUCCCCAUGGUUUGGAUCGCAUACAAAAAUUACCCAUCACUUCAGAGGACGCGAUGGUCAUCAUGCAAGCGCUUUCCACAGUGUCCAACUCUUCCGCCUCUCAAGUCGCUCGACUUUCCUCCAAUCAUCUCAUAUCGGAUCCCUUUCCGAUGA